AUGGCCCUGGAGCGGGCGCUGCAGGCGGCGCGGCAGGGCGACCUGGACGUGCUCAAGUCCCUGCACGCCGCCGGCCUGCUGAAGGCCUCGCUGCGGGACCCGCUGGACGCGCUGCCGGUGCACCACGCUGCCCGCGCCGGCAAGCUGCACUGUCUGCGCUUCCUGGUGGAGGAGGCCGCCCUGCCCGCCGCGGCCCGCGCGCGCAACGGCGCCACGCCGGCCCACGACGCCGCCGCCACUGGCCACCUCGCCUGCCUGCAGUGGCUGCUCUCGCAGGGCGGCUGCGGAGUGCAGGACAAAGACAAUUCUGGUGCCACAGUCCUGCACCUGGCUGCGCGCUUCGGCCACCCUGAGCUGGUGGACUGGCUGCUGCGUCAUGGCGGUGCGGACCCCGCCGUGGCCACAGAAACAGGCGCUCUGCCUGCGCAUUAUGCUGCCGCCAAAGGAGACUUCCCCUCCCUGAGGCUUCUCAUCGGGCACCAUCCUGAGGGAGUGAAUGCCCAAACCAAGAACGGUGCCACGCCCCUGUACCUGGCGUGCCAGGAGGGCCACCUGGAGGUGACGCAGUACCUGGUGCAGGAGUGCGGCGCGGACCCGCACGCGAGCGCCCACGACGGCAUGACCCCGCUGCACGCGGCGGCGCAGAUGGGCCACAGCUCGGUCAUCGUGUGGCUGGUGAGCUGCACCGACGUGAGCCUGUCGGAACAGGACAAGGACGGCGCCACGGCCAUGCACUUCGCGGCGAGCCGCGGCCACGCCAAAGUGCUCAGCUGGCUCCUGCUGCACGGCGGCGAGAUCUCGGCCGACCUGUGGGGCGGGACCCCGCUGCACGACGCCGCUGAAAACGGGGAGCUGGAGUGCUGCCAGAUCCUGGUUGUGAACGGCGCGGAGCUGGACGUCCGCGACCGCGACGGGUACACGGCCGCCGACCUCUCGGACCACAACGGCCACAGCCACUGCACCCGCUACCUUCGCACCGUGGAGAACCUGAGUGUGGAGCACCGUGUCCUGUCCCGGGACCCGUCCGCUGAGCUGGAGGCCAAGCAGCCUGACUCUGGCAUGUCUUCACCCAAUACCACCACGUCGGUGCACCCGCUGAACUUUGACCUCAGCUCGCCCACCAGCACCCUCUCCAACUAUGAUUCCUGCUCCUCCAGCCAGUCCAGCGUGAAGGACCAGCGCCCCCCACGCCGGCUUCCCAGCUCAAGAGCUGCAGAUAUACAAAACUACAUGAACAUGCUGAGUUCGGAGCUGGGCCGGCCCCGGGGCAAGAUGGAGAGAACCACACCACUGCCACCACCACCCAGCUUCCCUCCACCGCCCCCACCCCCGGGCACCCAACUGCCCCCACCCCCACCAGGCUACCCAGCUCCCCAGCCCCCCGUGGGGCCACAUGCAGCUGACAUCUAUAUGCAGACCAAGAGCAAACUCCGCCACGUGGAGAUGGAGGCCUUCAAGAUGGAGCUGAGCUCCCGCGACGGCCGCAACGGGCUGAGGAGGCAGGACUCCGGCCGCAAGCCCCGCGCCUUCAGCAAGCAGCCCAGCACGGGGGACUACUACCGGCAGCUGGGCCGCUGUCCCGGGGAGCCGCUGGCCGCAGGCCCGGGCAUGGCGCACAGCGAGGAGGUGCGUGCCUGCCAGCCCGCACCCGCCGGCCGCCCUGGACCCGGCCUGGCCUCCCGCGCCUCACUCGCUAGCCCCUCCGCUCCCCCGCAGGCGGCGGUGCUCCCCGGGAACCACGUGCAUAACGGCUGCGCCGCGGACCCCAAGGCGUCCAGGGAGCUGCCCCCGCCGCCGCCGCCGCCGCCCCUGCCGGAGGCCCUUAGCUCGCCGCCGCCUGCUCCGCCCCUGCCCUUCGAGGGCGCUGGCCCUGGUUGCGGGCAGCGUCGCUCCUCCUCGUCCACUGGCAGCAGCAAGUCUUUCAACAUGAUGUCCCCCACGGGUGACAACUCCGAGCUACUGGCUGAGAUCAAGGCGGGCAAGAGUCUGAAGCCGACGCCGCAGAGCAAGGGGCUGACCACGGUGUUCUCGGGCAGCGGGCAGCCUAUCUCCCAGGCGGACUCGCCGCUGCCUCAGGCGUCGCAGGCGCCUUCACGGGCCCGCAGCCCCACCCCGCCGGCCGCCGGGCCCCAGCCUCUGCUCAACGGCAGCGUGGCGCCGGCGCCGCCCGCCACCCCGGCGCCAGGCGUGCAGCUCGACGUGGAGGCGCUCAUCCCCACGCACGACGAGCAGGGCCGGCCCAUCCCAGAGUGGAAGCGGCAGGUGAUGGUGCGGAAACUGCAGCUGAAGAUGCAGGAGGAGGAGGAGCAGAGGCGGAAGGAGGAAGAGGAGGAGGCCCGGCUGGCCAGCAUGCCCGCCUGGAGGCGAGACCUCCUGCGGAAGAAGCUAGAAGAGGAGAGGGAGCAGAAGCGGAAAGAAGAGGAGCGACAGAAGCAGGAGGAGAUGCAGCGAGAGAAAGAGCAGUCGGAGAAGCUGCGGACGCUGGGCUACGACGAGACCAAGCUGGCGCCCUGGCAGCGACAGAUCAUCCUGAAGAAGGGAGACAUCGCUAAGUACUAAUGCCGCCCUCCUGCCCGCAGCCUCGUGAGCUCGAGGGGCCCCAGCCUACGCCCCGGCCUGCCCGGCCCGGGGCGGAAGGGCUGGGAGCCGCGCUGCCUUCCCCUCCCGCG